AUGGAGCUCUAUUCCUAUCCUACUUUAAACAUUUCAAAUUGUGUCACCGUCAAACUUACAGAACGCAACUACAUCCUGUGGAAAUCCCAGUUCGAGUCUUUUCUCUCCGGGCAAGGACUUCUGGGCUUUGUCACAGGGACUGCUACUGCACCGGCGAGUACCAUCACCAUCCGUAACAACGAAGAACAAAACGUCAUAGCUCCAAACCCAGAUUAUGAAGCAUGGCGUCGCUCGGAUCAAGUUGUUAUGGCAUGGCUUCUUGGUUCGUUGUCUGAAGAUAUCCUUAGUGUGGUGGUCGGAUCCACAACCUCUCAUGAUGUGUGGACUAACCUUGCCGGUCAUUACAACCGCACUUCGUCAUCCCGAGUUCUGCAACUUCAGAGGCGUCUCCAUGGCAUUUCAAAAGAAGGGAAAACCAUGGAUGAAUAUCUACGAGAUCUCAAAAAUGUCUUCACGAUUCAUGGUCUCACUCGUGAAUAUGAGCCUCUGAUAACCUCGCUUGAGUCUUCUUUGGAUGUUGUUCCUGAACCACCUUAUGAAGACAUUCUGCAUCGUCUACGAGGCUAUGAUGACAGGCUUCAAAGCUAUGUCACACCUUCAGAAGUCUCACCGCAUCUGGCUUUCUACACCACCAACAGAGGUCGUGGACAGUCUCGUGGCAGAGGAGGACGAAAUCGAGGACGAGGAAGCUUCUCCACUCGAGGACGUGGAUUUCAUCAACAGUUCAGCUCUGGAAGCUCAGGUUCAUCUGUUGCUGAAAAACCUACCUGUCAGAUUUGCGGAAAGAAAGGUCAUCAAGCUCUUGACUGUUGGCACAAAUACGAUGACAACUAUGAACAACAAGGAGCUGUCGCUUCUGCUCUAGCUGCGUUACACAUCACUGAUGUUACUGAUGAGACCGGUUGGCACCCGGAUACUGGUGAGACGGCUCACAUUACAAAUUCCACUCAGCGCCUGCAACAAGCACAACCAUACUAUGGUUCAGACACAGUGAUGGCUAGUGAUGGUAAUUUUCUGCCUAUAACUCACAUUGGUUCGUCUAAACUUCCCUCUACAUCAGGUAAUCUUCCUUUGAAGGAUGUGUUAGUGUGCCCAGAUAUUGCCAAAUCUUUAUUAUCUGUAUCAAAGUUAACCAAAGAUUAUCCCUGUUCUUUCACUUUUGAUGAUGAUGGUGUUGUUGUAAAGGACAAAGCAACUCAAAAAAUCCUGACAAUGGGAUGA